AUGGCAGACGUUGAUUUUGAAACCGUGUUGGCUAAUUUGAAGAGGGCGUUCGACGAACACUCAACAGACCCGGUUUCGCUUGUCACCGUGAUCGACCUGUACGCCGAUCAAAUAAAUGAUACUGGAACCCCAGAGGAAAUAGGUAGGUUUCUGCUGACUUUAUACCAGCUGCUCCAAGACAAUGAAGCUGUUUUGAAGGAGAUUGCUUGGGACCUGCCCAAAACUCUCUUGAGCUUUUUCAAUGCCCGGAACAUAGACCUGCAUCAGAAACUGACUGAGAGCUUGAUUAUUGCCUCUGUGAUGAAGUGUUUUACCGAGAUAGCCCUCAAGGGCAAUCCAAAGGAGUGUCUCUUGGCUGGGUGUGAACUGUUGACAGAUUUGAAAUUUGUAACAGAUAUGGACGAUGCCAGUGCCACGGAAGAGAGUGAAGGAAUUGAUGAUGACGCAACCGACACCGAAUCUCAGGAUACAGGGUCUGAUUAUACGGCAUCGGGGAGCGAGGAUCAGGAAGAUCCACAGAUCACGGCCAGCCCUGCGGACACUUACGAGGCUAAGAACGAUUCGGAAUUCAUUCCCGAUAUUAAGGUACACUUACUAUUCCAAUUGAUCACGACGUCACUAAACCGUGUGGAGAGUCUCUACCCGUCGAAGUUUUUGAGUAUGGCUAUUGCAUCGAUUCUAAGGUUCUUGAAAGGUAACAUAGAUUUGAUGGAAAACACAGCGUUUGUGCUUCGUCGUAUCAAUGAGCUAGUCUCGUCCUAUCAUCCUACUUUAACGCCAUACUCUAAUCUAUUAGAUGUCACGAAAGAGGUGUAUGAUAAUUUGAUAGAAGAGGAAGAACAGUUGAGGGAGAAAUUAAUGGGCGUUCUUACAACGAUCUCGGUGUCUCUUUGUUUCAAGGUCAAGGACAUGGCCUUCGAUCUGGCUUACUACUGUACUCUAGCAGACACUACUUUAGACGUGGAAUUAUUUGAUGAAGAGUUCAAGAAGCUUUGCUGUCAAUGCACCAAAAUGGUGAAAACCAUACCGGUGCAACUAGAACAAGAGUUUUCCAAGCUCCUACAAGAAUCAAAAGAAAUAUACAACCCGGUACUAGAAUUAUCCGAAAAACCCGAAAGUGAAGUUACCCAAAUGAUAUAUCAGUUAUCGUAUACAUUUGCGAUGAACAAGACGCUGAAAGAGACGGACAUGGUGGUAGACCCGUAUGGGAUUAUUAUCCUGUCCGGAAUGUUUUACGUGGAAUACAACACGCAUUUAGUACCAAAGAUUGCUGUUGGGGACGCCAUCUAUCUUUUCUUGAGGUGCGCGACGGCUUCAUUAUUUUCCGAUGUCUUCAACAACAAAACCGUGGAAAGCACCUGUAAAUAUUGGAUUUGGGUUUCAUUGGUUAACAAUUCCAUACCUAACAUAAAAGGGCAGCUGACAGAUAUUUCCCCAAUCAUAAUACGCACCUUCUUACAGAUACUUUUAGUCAAAAAUUGUGCUGAGAAGAACGAACACGUCAGAACGGCGACGUUUGUUUUGUUGACCCGAAUUCUAUGCAUUUUACCAGAAGAAAUGUCGUAUGGAUUCAUCUUCGAUACUCUGCUAACUUGCCCCUAUGUGCACGCCAAGAUAAUCAUGAUAAAAGUUUUCAAGGACUUGACACAACGCAACUCAAACGAUAUAACGGGGCAUAUCACACGAACUAGUGAGUCGGCAAACUCGGUAACUAAUAAUAUCUCCAAACUGAAGAUCUCAGAGGACGGGAAACCGGCCCGCCCAGCACUACCGCCCAGACCGUACAUUGCCAUUACUGACGAUCGGAUGGCGUCCAUCCACAGCUUAGCAAUGGUCGCCGUCCAGAAUGUACAAAACGACUUGGAAACAAAGCAGAUGUCUGCGAUUCCCUUGCUUCUAGCUUAUAUGAACCUUUUCGUUGGAAUACGAGAUAAAUGGAAUAAGGAUCUACUGUUUGCAAUGCAGAAAUCUAUCGAUGAUAAAUUCAAAACACACAAAUGGUCCAGCGACGGCCACCCAGUGCCGCAACUGGACUUCAUCAAAAUAGCAAAUGAUACUUUGAAGCAAUAUCUGAAUGUAUAA